AUGCUUUAACCACUAAAAGAAGAAGAAUUAAAUGAAAUAUAUACUUGGGUUGAUUAAAUACCUCUCAGCAGACCAAAAAAGAAUAUAGCCAGAGAUUUCGCUGAUGGCAUAUUGAUGGCUGAAAUAAUGCAUUACUUUCUACCUAAAUUGGUUGAUAUGCAUAAUUACAGUCAAGCCAAUUCGGUUAAGUAGAAAAAGUAUAAUUGGGAUACAUUAAAUACCAAAGUAUUCAAAAGGAUUGGCUUUACUCUCUCAAAAGAAUAAGUUGAUAGUGUGAUUUCAUGCUAAUCUGAAGCAGUUGAGAGAGUAUUAAAAUUUGUUUAAGCCAGAUUGGAAUACUAUUUAGAAAACAAUGCUAAUUCUGCUGAAAAACAACCUUAAUAAGCAGAUAGUCAAAUGGCACCACCCUUAUUAGCCAAUGAAUGGCAAAAAGAUCAACAACUUUUUGAAUUGCGUGAAACCAUUGAGGUUAUAUUAUCAUUAUUAUUUUGCAAUUUUUAGGUAUUAGAAUAAAAAUUGCAUCGCAUGGACGAACUCAUGAAAUAAAAAGAUGCCAAAAUAUUGAGGUAUUAAUAAUUGUUAUAAUAAAAUGGUUUAUUAUGA